CGCUUUUUUUGCGCUGCCGGACGAGGAGAAGGCCAAGGUCCGGCCGGCGGAGGGGUCCCAGGCGCCCCUGCCGGCUGGCCACGGGCGGCAUCCCGCCCAUUUGGUGGACAGGUACGAGUACGUGCGGGUCUGUCAUCCUCGGCACGAGCUCAACUUGUACUUCCCCGAUGAGCCGGCCGGUUUCAGAGAAGCAAUGGAGGAGUGCUACGCGAAGCUCACCGAGCUGGGGCUGCUCAUCCAGGACAUCCUCAACGACUGCAUGGGGCUGCCGCCGGGCUUCCUCAAGGAAUACAACAGCGACCGCGGCCUGGACGUCAUGGUGGCGCUGCGCUACUUCUCUUCGUCGUCGAGGGAGGGGGAGGAGAUUGGGCUGAGCGAGCACGAGGACGGGAGUUGCGUCAGCUUUGUCUUCCAGGACGGCGUAGGCGGGCUGGAGGUCCUCAAAGACGGGCAGUGGAUUGCGGCAGAGCCCGCCGACGGAAGCAUCGUCGUUAAUAUCGGCGACGUCCUGAGGGUGCUGAGCAACAACACGUUCCGUAGCGCGACGCACCGGGUGGUGAGGAAGGCGGCGCACCGGCACUCGUUUGGCUUCUUCUGGUCCAUCCACGGCGACAAGUGGGUGGAGCCGUUGACGGAGUUCGCCGCCAAGAUCGGCGGCGCGCCGCAGUACAGGGGGUUCAAGUACAACGAGUAUAUGCAGCGGUUCAUGAAGAGCAGGACGGAUCCGCAGGCCAGGCCCGAGGACGCCUUCAGCGUCAGCCACUAUGCCAUCUGAUCUGACGUACGUGCACCUGUACGUCCGCCACUCGGAAGUUAAAUGUACGUGCACGUGUACGUGUACACAUUUCAUUUCAUGGUAUGUACCGUGUACGUGUACGUGUUACCCUACAUAUAUAGCUUACUAUAUGCUAGCAUAUGUGUGUUGGGUUCGUGGUACGUGGAUGGCAGGUACGGUUUCCUUCUUCGACGUCUUAGUCAUGUGGGGCUGUCAGAUCUGAAGUAUGAUGGCGUGUCCGGGGUGUUGCCCCGGUAUGUUUCAUUCAACGGUAAGGUUUUGCUUUUGGCGAGCCACCUCAGAGGUCCGCAAAGCUGCACGUCAGCGAUCGAGCCGCGUUGAGCUUGGGUGUGAAGGUGAUCAGUCAUUUUUUCCUUUGGUGACUGCUGUGAUGGUGCCAGAGGCAUGUGACGGGCGUCAGUGUCAAGCUCAGAGGUAUCUUCGGUCUUGUUAGUAAUUUUACUUCUUGGAUGUUGUUCCUUUGUGCAAAGUCCAGUGUUCUGCUAUAUGUUCAGA